UAAUCCUGUGCAGUUGCCAUCGAGUAACGGGAUCAAGCAGUCGCAAAAGAACAUAAGUGAUCAUUCAUGCGAUGACGAUGGGUUCAAAAGCUAUCGGAUGGGUAUUCCCCGUGGCGUUGUUUUUAAUGUUGAUUAUAGCAAGUCACUGCGCUUCCAGAGGAGUUCCCUGUGGGCAAAAACAGCUGACAUUUUUGGCCUAUGUUUACAAGGGACAGGCGGCGUUAGAAGCAGAGUGGCCUUGGCAUGCGGCAAUUUUUCAGAAACAACGAUCCGGUGAGCAGGAUUAUAUUUGCGGCGGAACGGUCAUCAGUGAGAACUUCGUGCUGACGGCUGCUCAUUGUACCAUUUCAUUCCGCAUGACACUGUCGGCUGAGGAUUUCACGGUUAAGCUCGGACUACAUAACAAGAGCUACCCGUCGGAACACACAAGAAGCUUCGAAGUGGUUGAGAUCAUCCGUCACGAUGCGUUCAAUAUAAACAAUCUGCAGAAUGACAUCGCGUUGCUGCGAACGGAAAAGGAUAUCAGCUAUUCAGAUUACAUUCAACCAAUUUGCUUGUGGCCUGUGGAAAAAUCCGAUUUGAAUUCGGUUAUAGGCUCAUCCGGUACUGUUGCUGGAUGGGGUGUUGGAGAUGGCUAUAAACUGGUAGAUAUUCUGCAGCAAGCCACGCUCUCGGUUGUUGACUAUGCGACUUGUCUGAAAAGUAAGCCGGAGCACUUCAGCAAGCUUCUGUCGGACGAUAAGAGUAACUAUUGUGCGGGUAAUCAGAACAUGACUAACGUUUGCGAUGGAGAUAGUGGCGGGGGAAUGUACUUUAAAGUUGACAAUGCUUGGUACAUCCGAGGUAUCGUCAGUGCCGGAGCACGCUCCGAGAAAGGCAGGCAUUGUGAUCCUCAGCAGUUUGUCACCUUCACUGAUAUUCCGUACUAUCUCAAAUGGAUUGUACAGCACCAGGAAGUGGUUAAGAAACGAAAUUUGCUAAAUUUGGGUGACUGUGGAUUGGACACACACAACAUUACGACACCAGAGCCGAGCAAACCUGUAUUUCUCCAAUAUCCGUGGACUGCCAUGCUUGAGUUCCGAGUGGAAGGAACGCCAUCAGUGCAAACGAUCUGCAAUGGUGCCCUUAUUCAUCCGAGAUUUGUGAUAACAGUUGGACACUGCGUCGAUAGUGCGUUUAGGAAGCUGAGAUUAAAAUCUGUUCGCUUGGGAGAAUACAAUCUGAAAACUAAUCCGGAUAAACAGAAAACCACCGAUGGCAAGGAAAUUUCCACCACUAUUCAGUCGAUAGACAUCGAAAAAGUCUUUAAACAUCCUCACUUCAAUAAUCCCAGAUACGACAAUAACAUUGCUUUGCUAAAGCUUAAAUAUCCGGCGGAUGUUGCAAGGCCCAACGUAAAACCAAUUUGUCUGCCCACACUGGAAGACUUUAACGAAGUUUACACGAUCAGCGGCUGGAAAAGGGUUGGCCAACUGUCCCAUGUACUCGAGCGGAACACUGCCCUGCUGGAAGACAAAGAUACGUGUCGGACGAUUUACGGAAAAAUGAAGGUCAAUUUGGUCAAUGAUGCGAAUCAAAUCUGUGGAACAUAUUAUCACAAGCAGGAACUCGAUUGUUUCCAUUUCAUGAGUGGUGCACCCCUGCAGUAUGUCAAAAAUGCCGAUCGGAAGAAUCAGUAUUUCUUGAAGGGAUUGUUUUCGUUGGGUUUUCCCAAUUGCCAACUAAACUAUACGGAUGUGUUUACCAAUGUCAAUAGUUAUACUAAAUGGAUCGCUAGUGUUGUUGAUGCAGAGAAUGUGUAGUAAAGUUAAAAAUAUCAUUUUA